UAAGUUGGUAUAGUACUACUGCAGAAAACAGCUGAAGAAGCUGGAAUGAAAAACGAAAACAGUGAAUUGCGUUAUUCCUCAUUAUUAUCCACAGAAAUUGCUGAAAAAUACUCUUCAACAGAGUAAUUUCUGAGGAUCUCGUCUUUUUCGCUGUGAAACAUGGGAGCCGUCCUUGCGCUCUGCACAGCUGGCCAGCUGGCAUGCUGCUGUGGAAGUGCAGCAUGCAGUUUGUGCUGCUCGGCGUGUCCAUCAUGCAAAUCUUCUACGUCGACUCGAAUUAUGUACGGCGUCCUCUUGAUUCUCGGCACCAUUGUGGCCUGCAUCACGCUCUCGCCAGGCUUGCAGGACACACUAGCUAAUGUUCCGUUUUGUUCGAAUACUACUCGGAUUUUACCAAAAGAAGUUACGAUUGACUGUUCCGCUGCUGUUGGUUACUUGGCCGUCUACAGGAUUUGCUUUGCUAUGUGCUGCUUCUUCACACUCAUGGCAGUCAUUAUGAUAGGGGUCAAGUCUGGAAAAGAUCCUCGAGCUGGAAUCCAGAAUGGAUUUUGGGGAAUCAAGAUUUUGCUGAUUAUCGGAGCUGCGGUUGGAGCCUUUUUCAUUCCCGAGGGAUCGUUUGCGCCCACCUGGAUGUGGUUCGGAAUGAUCGGCGGAUUUUUAUUCAUCCUGGUGCAACUGGUUUUGCUUGUGGACUUUGCCCAUAGCUGGGCUGAAGAUUGGGUUGGCCGUUACGAAGAAACCGAGUCUAAAGCUUGGUAUUGUGGUCUUUUUGCAGCAACUAUCGUCUGCUACGGAUUGGCAAUUACUGGAUUUGUAUUGCUCUUCAUAUUCUUCACUCAUGCUGAUAGUUGUGGCCUGAACAAAUUCUUUUUGUCCAUCAACUUGAUCUUCUGCUUUGCUGCCAGCGUGUUGUCCAUCAUGCCAGCUGUUCAGGAACGCCAGCCCCGCUCUGGUCUGCUGCAAGCUUCUGUGGUGUCCCUCUAUGUCACCUACCUGACUUGGUCCGCCCUUAGCAAUCAACCUGACAGGGCAUGCAACCCUCGUCUUGGAGAAAUUUUUGGACCUGGAACAGGCAAUACCAACUCUGGAACUCAUUUUGAUGCGGAAUCAAUCAUUGGUCUUUUGAUUUGGAUGGGUGCUGUGCUUUACUCCAGCAUCCGCACUGCCUCCAACCACUCAAAAUUGGCCAUGUCGGAACACGUUCUUGUCAAGGACACUGGAUCUACAGACUGUGCACAUGAGCCCAUUGUUGGAGACGAUGGUGACACUGAGAGUGGUGGACACCGUGUCUGGAAUAAUGAGGAAGAUGGUGUUGCUUACAACUGGUCUUUCUUCCACUCGAUUUUUGUUCUGGCGACCCUCUAUGUCAUGAUGACUUUGACAAACUGGUUUGCUCCAAAUUCUUCUUUGGAAACUUUGAACUCAAACAUCGCAUCGGUGUGGGUGAAGAUCAUCUCAAGCUGGCUCUGCAUUGCGCUCUACUCUUGGACAUUGGUGGCCCCAAUUGUACUGCCCGACCGAGAUUUCGACUAAGUACACGUCAGACAUCAGAUGAUAUGCGCUAGGCUUAGGGGAGAGGAUUUUAUCACAUAAACUUUGCAAGCAAGGUGUCCUCAGCUGAAAAAUCCUCUCCUCCCUAUGCCUUUCCUUAAAUUGCAUGGACUGAUAGAGGUAAAGUAAAUUUGAAGGGCGGUGCCAAUAAGAAGGUUUAUCAUCUUUGCAUCUCUCUUUUUUAAUUCUAUUAUUAAAGAUGCUCUAUCCUCAACAAAUUUUGAGGGUUACAAAAGAUACAAUGUCAUUACAGUUUAAAUAUUGCUAUUAAUAAUUAUAUAACUGUAUAUUAGUGUGCAGGUUAAUAUCAAAACAUAGCGGCAAAAGAAUAAAAAUAAGUGGGCAGAACUCUUGAUGAUUGAAACUGCAAUUUGCUUUGUGAAUCAAUUUUUAAUUAUAAUGCUAUUAUGCAGCCCUUAAUGUCAUUAUAUCAAUAAGAUAUUCAGUCAUUCUCUUGAAUGAUUAAUUGCAGAUUUUUAAGUCCUGUAGAUAGCUUUUUUCACUUUUGCGUUUCCUUGAUAUAGAUUGUCAACGUAAUAAAUGUAAUACCUUUGAUCGGGCCAA